GCACCACCCUCCUUAUGAAUAGUCUCUUUGGGUGACUGUGGAAAACACCUUUCCCUUGACUCAUAAGUCUGUUUUCAACAUAGGGUCAUCUCAUGGGUAAGAUGCCCAAAGAUCCAUCUUCCCUCAAAGAAAUCCUAGGAGCUCUGGAGAUCUUAGGAUUGAUUAAACCUUUCAACGAUCACCUAGUCAAUGGCUGUGGGUCUCAUUAGAGCCCCUACUCAAAGAUCCUGAGAACAGAUCAUUAAGAUAUAACAGAUCCUCUUCCAAGGCUUGUCUAAUUGUAUCUUCCUCUAUGAAGCCUGAUGAUAAUAGAGUUCAGAAGGAACACAUGUAUCAUCUCCCCAUAUUUGAAUUUUGCAGGAUAGAGCUUAUAUACAUCAAACAUCAGCCAUGGUAUUUGACUACAUGACCUCCAAUGUUCCUCUCAGUUCUUUGAGCUCCUCCUCUCCAUCAGAGCAGAUCCAAUCAAGGCAGAAAAACUCUGUCUACCUGAAACCUCAGGUAGAGUUACCAGCAUAUCCAUGCCUAUACUGCACUCCUAAACUACUCACCCAACUGAAAAGAUCCAGAGGGCAAGGAGAGUUACAGCGGAUGGAGAAUGAACUGGACACCCCCAGCUGGCACAGCAUCAGCAGCCAGAGCUGCGGAUCACUUGAUUUUGGGCACGACAAGCUGUUUUCUUGGGAAGACUGGCACAAUGCUAGUCCUGUCUAUGCCAAACUGAGGAUGCCUCAUUUUCCUGAGGACUACAACAUGGCAGCUGCAUCAGUAUCACCCUGGGUCUUUCGGGAGUCAGUUAUCUUCAGAGAAGAACCAGAUGGCAAGACUUACGGUGGACGAGUAACUCAUUUGAAUCCUGUGAUCUUUGGCCCAAUGUGGAAAGAGCAGGACUUCAACUACGCACCUGAACCAGAGGGAAUGUGUACAACUAGUGACUGGCCCUCCAAAAUGCCCGUCUUUAUUCCCAUUCAGGCAGGAAGCCAUCCUCAGUUCUUGAACCACCCAAGUGAUUCCUGGAGGGAAACGUCACUUCAGCCAGUUGAGUCUCCCACUAAUUUCCAGAGAUGGCCAUUGACAGGGGUAAAGAGAGCUUUCCCUGAAUCUCAGCUGGAGCAGCUGAGGGAGAAGAUCCAAGCACAGAAACAUCGACAUGCUAAUGUUUUCCCUACCUCCUUCCAAGCUCGCUCUGGGACCCCUCAAACUCUGCCCUGGAAGCACGUGCCAAAGAGAAGCGUCUCCAAAAUGAAGUUAGGUGCUUCUAAGCCAGCCCACCCGGGCCAAGUCUCAGCUUCCAACCCAGAUCCCUCUGACACUCACCAUGCCGUUUCCCAUAAAUUUAUACCAAAGAGAAAGAGCUACAGAGUUAGAUUUGCAUUAUCAACACCAAUAGACCCACAUCAAAGGGAUAAAACUAGAGUGACCACAAACUGCCAGGUAUCUUCUCAGUCACCUUCUCUUGGAAAACAUCUAAAAGGCCAAGGACUAACAGAGAAGACUCAAAAAUCUGAGCACAUACCACCCUCCCCCCGAGAUAUAAACAACCAGAAAGGAGCAGCUCCUCUCCGUGGGAACUCCCAGAACUCUCCAGAAAGUUCAGCACAAAUAGGCUGUGGUGGUUCUGAAUCAUUCCAUAGGAUCUUAAACUUUUUGAAAAAUCUCCAAUCACAUGUUCAAGAAAAGGCAGAUCACAAAAGAACACGGCCCCAGUCUCCAAAGAUCACAUCUACCAAGAAAGCAGGCAAGUCAGAAUGUCAUUCAAAAUCUCAAAAUGCAGCAGUGAGAAGGAAUCUUCAAUUUGUCUCAGGAGGAAAGAACCUCUCUUCAAGGAUGGGUAGUUCUAGGGCAUCAAAAGCACCUGGAAAAGAAAAUGCCUGCCAAGGGACUCUCAAAAAAACAAAUAAGGGUGCCCUUCGUCCCUGUGUCACUGCAGAAAUGCAGGAAUUGAUGAAUCAAAAAGUAUCUGAAAGAAAGAAAAGAUGCCUUGAAGCCAAAAUAUAUGUAAAGAAAGCCUUGGAGUCAAGAGAUAAGUUGCGGGAUGUAAAAGAGAAAGAAAUUCCAUUCAAGAAGUUGAAUGCCAAAGCCUUACAAAUGUCAUUCAAGAAUAUUGGUUCUGAACAACAAUCUCACCUUUCCAAAGCCCAGAAAGCCACGGAAAACAAAAGGGAGGCUGCUCAAGACCAUGAAAAGCAGAUACUGGGCACUGUGUUAAAUAAUAAAGAGCUUCAAGACAGAACUUCCCAUGAUAUUAAAACUCCAGUUACAGUUGGGGCUUCUAAAAGUGGGGUUAACCCUGCUCUGCCGGUCUUCAAAAGUAUAUCCCCUAGACCCUUGAAACAGCAAGGCUUGGACCCUCCUAGAUCUUUACCUCCAGCUUUGACUCUUCAGUCACAUCAUCUUGAAAACUUGAGGAAGACUCAGAGUUCUAUUGUACCUAACAAAGAAUCAAACUCUGUACCCUACCAACACAAUCAGGCGAGGAUCCGGAUUCUCGAGGCCACUGCUAAGGUGUUGAAGGAGAGAAUUGAAUUUCUGACUGAGAAGUUAAACCUCCCAGGAGUAUGUCUGACACUUAAUGGCAAAUCUGAGAAGUGCAUGAAUGUACAAAGCACCAAUAUCUCAUCAGUUCAGGAGUGCCCCACAAUGAUAGUAUCAUCUUGUUCUCUUGUACUUGGGCAGUCUUCCAGUCCAACUGCCUUGGGAACCCCUGGAGGUAAUGAACCAGAAGUGAACAAGCCCCUCAGUGACAGAGAGAAAGAGAUGACUCAGAAAGGUAGAAAAGAUGGAGUGGAAAUGGAAACAAAGGCCCCAGCUGUUCUCAGUCCUGCUGCACCUGCUGAAAUGUUAUCCUGUAGCAGCCCACGAUUGAAUAAACAACCAAGUCCUUGCCUUGAGGAAGUAAUGAAACCUAUACCUGAUGAUUUUACUCUGACUGAGGAUUCUGAAAUGGAAGAGUGGGCACCAGAAGAUAAAUUCACCUGUAUUCCUAGUUUCUUCACAAGAAGUUCACAGAAAGAAUUUGAAAAGCAAGAUAGCUUCAUUGAUCCUUCUGGAAUUCAGAUGGAAGAAGAAUUGUCUGAAUGUUCUCUUGGAAUCUCUGAAUCCUAUAAUGACAUCAAGAUACAAGACUUUCCCACCAGAAAAAAUGAAUUUUCAAGCUCUUCAAGCAAACAUAUGGAGGAAUAUGAAAGUUGCAACAAAUAUUCCAAAGAUGUCUGCAUGGACUAUUUAAGCAGCAUGCAACAGAAAUCUCUUAACUUUCUUCAGAAAAUGAAGUUACAUCAGAUAAAACAGGAAAGAGAGUUAGAAAUUCUGAAGCAUAGAGCAGAACUGGAAGCUGCAGAAACUCAGAAAUCUUUGGAUGAAUUGGUCCUUAGGAAUCAUUUGAAGCAGUCUUUGCACGGCAGCCACAUCCAUAGAACUGAACUAGACAAUAAAGCAGAGAAAUGGAAGAUGCCAAAGACCCAUGGAGGCCUGGAAUCCACAGACUGUCUAACUGGGCUGUCAUCUAUGGGCAGAUCAUAUUCCAGCAGAACCAGUAGUCCAACAGUUUCCACCUGGGAAAGUGAGCCAAGGAGAAAUUUAUUGGGUUGCACAGAUGCUGAUAAGGAAAGAAGAAAGCAAGACUGUACCACAUCAUCCCACUCCACUACAUGGUUCUCAUCAGCUUUUGGUUAUCCAAGUAGCAAGGUAUUCUCUAAAGAAGACUCCAUGGACAGCAGCAGCCAGAAGAAUGAAAUCUAUCGGUCUAGCCUCUUCGACCACUUUAGCCUGAGGAUGACUGAUCAGUAUUUAAAGGAAGAAGAGCUGAGAGCGCAGUACCAGAUAGCCCUCCUCAAGCUCCGGGAGAAAGCCCUAGAGGAGAAAGUUAUAGCUGAAUUGUCAUGGCUAGAGCAACAGAAAGCGUGUUUGGGGAACAAAAGAGAUCACAGCUUAAUGACUGAGGAACAGCACCAAAUACUAAUGGAUCUGAAGAAAGAACAGGCGGAACUUAAACACCAACAGAACAUUUAUGAAGUGGCUCAUCAGGAGAGAAAAUUUUUGUUGACACAACAAAAGGACCUCUCAACAAUACAGCAGUCAACAAGCGAUCUUCAAUCGGAAUUUACUGUCCUAGCCAGCAGACACCAGUUUUCUAGUCCCUGGUCAGAAGCCAUAGAAAUCCAGAAGUCCGAAGAUGAGAGAAUCUUCAGACUUGAGAGGUUGGUUAGCAGUCCAGAGGGUUUGUUGUCUUCAACAUCAUCUUACACAGAAAGAUCCUCUUCAGUCUUGCCUGACCUUGGGGAAAACCUGAAAUGCUAUGAGAACACACACCUUCUUGCUGAGAGGGAGAUCCAGGGGAAACCUGAUGAGGACUCAUGCCUACAGCCACAGUGGCUGAAGGGGGGAAAGGACAGAUCAAUGGUCAGUAACAUACCUGACCACAGGGAGCAAACUCUGGGCCAGUUCGUGAAGAAUGACAACCAGGAAAAUAAAGAACCUGCUGAACAGCACUGUACUAGUUGGGGAUGUCGACAGCAAGAAAGCUCUUUGGAAAUCAAACAAGAUUCGUAUCAGAAGCCAACUAUAAGGACAGAGGAAUAUAAUUCAAAGAUUGAUUUCAAGCCUAAUAUGGUGAAAAAAAGAUCUCAAAGUGAAGUUAUAGCCUCAUUAGCAAAUGGUGAGAGAUAUAUGCAAGGACAAAAAAAUGAACUCAACCUUUCAAAAUUGGAAAGAAGUUUGGCUGGACAAGAAGGUGGUCAAACCUUUCAGCAGGAAGACAGUGUUAUUAACAGUAGAAAAAAUCAGGAGACUUCAGGACUGGGCUCAGCUGUCAUUAAGAGUCCAAAAGUUGAAUCAGAAGAGGACAAAAGAAGGAAACAGAGGAUGAAGGGUAAAUCUCAAGAAGUUCCAUUGAAAACUAUCCAGAUGUGUCACACUUCUGCCAUUCAAGAAUGCAAAAAAGAUCAAGAAAAGAAAUCAGAGUAUACUCAAUAUGAUGAAAACUACUUGUAUAAUAAGUGUGAUACCACAACUUCUGACUCCUUAAAAUCAGGAUCUGUUUUCAGUACCUCUUUAGAAUCUCUUUCUUCAGACACAAUAUCACCAUGCAACUCACCUCUAGAUUUAAAGAGUGAUCAGUCAUAUUCAUCUUUUUCUGAAUUUCAGAAAGUGACUGCCUUUCUAGUUAAUGUUUCAGACAGUUUGAUUUCAGCAAGUGACUCAGAAACUGAGAGUUCACAAAACACAGAUGUCAAUGAAUGGCAGGCGUUCACUGACCAACAACCAUUGAAUGAGCUUUCUAGUCCUUUGCCUAAUCCAUCAGUAACUCCAAGGAAAGUAGAUGAAUUGAUUUUGGCAGUUAAUAGUGAUGAGAAACAGCCGGAUAGAGAUUUCCCUUUAGAAAACUGCCAAGACUUACAGACACAAGGGAAUAAUAAUAUUUCAUCUAAUGACUCUCCUUUUGAAACAAAUAUUGUAAGUUUGUCAGGCAGCAGGAAACACAAGCUAAGCCUUUUGUGGACAGAGUUACCAUUGUCUCAAGAUUCACCCUCUGGAAAGCUGAGUGAUAUUCUUUCAGAGAAUACCUAUGUGGCACCAAGACAGGAUAAAGAAAAGAGUUGUUCGGAGCAUAAAGUUUGUGUUGAACCUAAGCUCAGUUCCUUUUCAUUCUUGGAUGACUUUUCAAAGAUAGAUGUUGAUUUGAAACAGCAAGGACCUACAAUUUCCCUGGAUGAAGGAAAAGAUCAGAAAGACCUUGAAAUCGAAGACGUUUUAGUAGAUGGGACAAACAAAAAAGAAACUGGAUUUUCUCUCCCAGAAAUCUAUUUCAUGUCAUUUCCACCCCCAAACCUGAAAGCAAAUUGCCAACCACCUUCACUGCCUCUUAAAAUGUCACAGAGAAAACAAAACUCGUUAGUCAAAAAAGCUAAAGCUGCAUGUGAAGAAAAUCCAGAAGAAAGGCUUAUUUCUAAUAAAGUUAGUAAAUAUGCCGUUCAGCAGUUGUCAACCGAUUUCAACAGUAUGCCUGCUAUACCUGGCCCCCAGAUCUUCCAGGAUGGAAAAAUUGUUCAGUCAAUAUAUGAACACAAGGCAGAUAAAUCUGAUAUCCAUCACAGGAUCUCAGAGAGCCAUGAGGUGGUGAUAUCUCCUUCUGGGUCACUUAGUGGGCUGAUUCCUGAGGCUGAGCAUUGUCCAGCUAUGAGAGUUGAUAGCUCCACACAUAUGGAAAGAGAUGGUCUGCCUACUCUCCAAGAUAGCAUCUUGUCUGAAAUACUAUCCCCUGUUGAUGAAGUGCUUUCUUAUGGAAGUGCUGGCCUUCCAUCCCCAACCCAGAAGGUUUCAUCUUUCCCCAGGGAAACUCUCCCUUCUCCUCCUCCUGACUUUGUGCUUUGGGCAAAUGUCAGUGAUAUUGACUUCAAUUCAGAAGACUUCCCUUCUCUGCCAGAAGAAAUGAUAUUUCCAGAAGAUUCCAAGAAUGUACAAGAUGAAGAUUCAUCUAUUCAAACUGGAGAGUUAUCUUCUUUAUCUGAUGAGAUACUGCUGGAGGAAUUUUCUCCAAUACCUUUAGAUGUAGGAAAUUCCUGCUCGGUUCUGGAUGAACACUCCCCAGGAUGGGAAGAAGGGAGAGAAAGAAGUUUGGAAAGGAAGGAGGAAUUGUUGAGAGUCGAACCACAGCAGGAUAUCAAAAGGAAGCAAAAAGUGGGCUGCUGGUACAGUCCUGCUUUGUCCAGAAGUGCCAGUAAAAGUCCAGCAUCAUUCUUCAAACCAUCCAUAGAUGAAGAUGGCAAGAAUCCACUGGGAUUGGAGGAUGCAGAGAACAGAGAACAUACACAACCAGAAACUCUGAAAUUCAAAGAGACAAGCCAUUUUGAAGGAAAACAUUGGACUAGUUUGGUACCUGAUGAAGCAAAGAAUGAUCAUCACAAAGAAGACUUGGAAAGAGUAAAACAUUCAGAGUGUGACAUGGAUUAUGAUGAAAUAUUUAGAUCAGAUAAAAUGUCAUACCUUUUGGCAGACUACAUAGAAAAGCCAAGUGACCAUAAUUACCAAGAUUCAGUUCAUGAUGAAUCAUCCUUAAGGAGUAACAAGUGCUAUGAUGAAGUCAGAGUGGAAUACCGGUUUUUAGAGAGAAAGCCAGAAAUAAAGUUUAACAAUAGAGAUGGCUCAAUGACAACAGUAGCCACUUAUCCUGAAACCCUGAUGUUCCGACCUACAGAGAUGGAGUCCUACUUUAUUCAGUCUGAGUCUGAAAGACUUUUAAAUAAAGAUCUCUCAGGCUGCUUAAACGGCCAAAAAGAACAGCCAUAUAUGGCACCUAUAAAAAAUGAGGCUGAGAAGUUACUUGAAGAUGUACAUCCAAUGGAAGAGAAAGAAAUCAACUUUAAAAAUAGUGUAAUGGGCUCUCAACUUGAUCCCAGGCAAAAAACAUAUGGAAUUGUAGAUUCUGUAUCUACUGAACUGACUAGAAAAAUCCUGUGGGACGCCUUAGCUGUGUUUGCAGAACUUGCCAGACAGUAGAGUGUCUUCCUGUCCAUGUUGUAACCCUUACUGAUGAGGGAAAGCUCACUAUGAAAAAACAGAAUUGCUAAUAAUGCCCUCUUUAAUAACUGCUUUGACAAACCACAUAUGUGUCAGUGACACAGAAAAGGGAAAAUGGAAUUUUGACAAUGAAUGAUCAAGGACCAAAUGGGUGUUUGGAGGGAAUGGUGGUAAGAAGGAUAAGGGGGAUACAGGAGAUGGGGGGGAAGGAGGGAACAGGAGAAUCAUGGCGUAAAUUCUUUUAAGAGGCCAUAAUGACUUUUUAAAAUUUCUUCAUAACUUUUAUCUAAUCAUAAAUUUAAAUUUCCUGACCCCUCUCAGGGCAGAAAAAUCAUAUUAUAAUUAAAUUGGUGAUCAAUGCUAUGAAAGAUAAAAAUAUGCAAAUAUUUUUGAGGAUCACAGACAAUAUCCUGGCCCAAAGAUUAGGCAGAUAUCAGCAAUUUUUAAAUUUUUAAAUGAGAUAUAUAAAAACCACAGGAGGAAAAAAAAAAACACAUGAUAUAUUUAGGAAUGAAAUGAGUGUCAAUUUUAAAACAAUUUCCAUGUAGAUUCAAUAAAGGUAUAGCUUCUAGAGCAGGGGUUCGUAACCUUUCUGUGUCUUUAUCAUGGAUCCCUUUGGAACGGGAAAGGAAAGAUCAUGGACAUUCAUUUCAGAAUAAUGUUUUAAAUUAUUGGAAGAAAUGCUAAAUUUCAGCAUAUAGUGAAAAUAAAGAUGCAUUUUUUUUCCAUUCAAAUUCACAAUGUUCCCUUGAAAUCUGUCCAUAGACCUCUUGGAGAUUGGAGGAUCCCUGGUUAAAAACCUGUUCUGUAGUGGACAAGGUAACUAGGAAUUUGAAAAUGGUGACCCCUCUUCCCAAAAAAUAUAGUCAUAUGAAAAAUGCAAACCCACAACUGAAAGACUGAGAUCCUGGCUUACCUGUGUGAUUUCAAGGAUGACUUAUUAGUCAGAUUUUGAUUGAAUUCACAAUUUUCUUUGAUGACCUAUUUUCUUCAUUUCUAGUCAUCCAUAUAGAUAUAUGAAAACCAUACUUAUAGGAAUCAUUAUUCCUAUAUUUCCUAACUUUCACCAACUAAUCACUAAUAAGAACUGGUAACACAAAAAUAAGUUGCCAUUUUUCCCCAUUGUCCUUUAUGAGAAAGGCAGAAUAAAAUCUGGAGAAUAGCAUUAAAAGAAAAAAAGUAAAUCCUCCUGUUUUGGAGUGGCUGCUGAAUAAGCCAAAUAUUAAUGGUAAAUUAAUAAUGAAGUUAUAGAAAAAGGCAUUUUUCUUUAGGCCUUUAAAAGUAUUAGUGAUAUGCUUUUGGUAAAAAGGGUUUGGUGAAAAGUGGAAAGCUUUCAUGAGUAGGAAAAUCAUAUUUCUAGGUUUUAUUAACAUAAUUACAUGAUAUGAAACAUACCCUUGUCUGAAUGUGACAGAUAGUUCAGAUUAGCAGUUGUAAAAUGAAAUCCCAGUUUACAUAAUAAUAUGGGUAAAUCCAGAAUAAGCAGUGAAUCAGAAUUUUCCAAUGGUGUUGAGGGCUAUAGACAUUUUUUUCUCAUGAAUAUCAAAGUUUUAUCACAUCAGACCACUCUAAGAACUCCUAGUUGGCAGAAACAUGAGUUCCCAGGCCAGUCUAGAGAGAUAGACUAGGUAGAUGAUUCAGGAAAGAGCUGUUUACUGACAAGAGCUAGUUCUAUCUCUGUCUACCUGGCUUUGCCUCUUUUAUGUGACUCAGUCUCUCUCCUUUAAAAAUAACAAUACCAUCUCCUGGUUGUGUAAUAUUAUUAGCCUUCUAGUGAACUGAGAAGAAAAAAAGAUUGUGUGAAAUUUUUCAUAGAUAUUUCUUGCAGCAACUGUUAUUUCUGCAAAGAUCUUUAUUUGCACAUACAAAAGGCCCUGGUUUUUUUUCCCCUCUGUAACAAUUCUUUCCUCAGUACAAAUUUUUAGACAGAGAUGUUAGGAAGUGGCUGUUUAUUCAGUAAUAAAGAGGAUUUCCUAAAGAAAGAUUCAUGAGAUGAUUAACUAUGAGAAUUAAACAACAUUGACAUCAGAUCAUUGUUUCAGAGAAUGUGACUAUUUGUUUGGUAAUGAUCCUGAACAAGAAGGGCAAAAGAAAUACUUAAAGGAUGUGUGGUAGAACAAGUAUAGCUGAGAUGUGACAUGUAGAAAAGAGUGAGGAGAAAUGAAGGAUUAAGUGGCAGGUUCUCAGAGACAUACAUAAACAUGGCCUUAAGAUUGUAUAUAAACGUGUAUUUACAUAUGUAUACAUAAUUUACAAGCACAAGGUCAUUGAAGCAGUUUUACUCUGGACAAACAGUGAAAACAGGAACCUAGUAGUUAUAUAUUGUUCUCACACCUAAACACAAAUCAGUGGUCAGAUAUGGAAAUAAUAGAAAUAUAGUCUAAAAUGCUAUUCUCGAUUUUUGAAGAUGAUUACCUGGUUAUGAUGGGAAAAUUAUAGGAUGAGUCAUUUAAAGGUACAAAAGACUGAAUGGAAAAAGUUAUCUUUGCGAUUGAUGUAGAUGCUAAUGCUAAAGAUCAAAAACAAAAAAACAUUCAAUCCAAAAUCCACAUGACUGUUUCUUUUAUCUUAGUAGUUGUAGUCUGAAAUGUAGGGAAAUGGCUUAUUGAUAGUGCAUGCUUAUUCUCAGAGAGUUUUAAAAAAUUAUAGCUCAUUUAGAUAGUAAUGAACACAAGGUUGGUAUAUUUUGUUUUGACAUAAAGGAUGUGUCCCAAUAGUGUGUGACCUAAUAUUUAUCUGAUAUUUCCUAUACCACAAGAAUUUUUACCUAUUACAUUGUAAAAUGAAGAAUCAACUUGUAUUGUGAUAAAAAUCUUUCUCCUAAUAUAAGUCCUUGAAUUCUGAUUUUGGUGUGUUGUUUGUAGUAAAAUUGUUCUACCUUUUGAUAAUGUUUCAUUACAGUAAAGUUAUUCUCAUUCAAUUAUAAAUUUAAAAAUUUGGAGAAAAUAUAGACUUAAGAAGCUUAAAAAUCAGAGACUAUCAGAACUAUUAGACAUUUUAGGGUUCUUGAUUUGCAACCUUCUCACUUUACAGAUGGAGAUAAGUAGAGGCCCAGGAAAUCGCAGUGGCUUGUGCAAGAUCACACAAUGGCAAUUUAUUAUGAUUUAAGUAGGGCAAAUGAUUGAGACUGUUUAUAAAUUAAUGUAUUAAUGAUUCAGGGGAUUUUACUUAAGUGGUACCAGGUAAUGAAUGUGAAUUUUAUGAAUAAAUAUUUAAAAUAAAAUUUAAAGCUCUAAUUUUAGAUUUACUGAAAUGUGUUCAUCUAUCUGAAAAAUUUGAAAAUGUAGGUACUUUGAGCUAUAGUUUUCAUAUUGAUUUGUUCCUAGUUUUCUGAACAAAUUAGUCUGUAAUUUUUUAUUUUUCUAUUUAUUGCUGACUCCUUUGGAUUUACGAGUCCAUGUGGGCAGAAUUAUGUAUUUUACACAUACAAGUUUGGCACAAUAAUAAAUCUCCAAUAUUGAAACUCCA